ACGCCCAUAUGACGUCUUCAAACGUUUCCUCUCAGUGAUGACGUCUUUAUUGUGCGCCCUAGAAAGCUAAUGCUCGCAAAAUGUAUGUAUGUUGUACGAAACAGUGUUGCUAAAAGGGUACAAGCCAACUGAUAUCAGCAAAAGACUUGGCUCAUCGAUCGCCUAGGUCAGAAAAUUUUGAUCAGACGCCUUUGAAGGUGCCUGAACAUUGACCAAGGUUUACUGCUAAACCAUCUGAUACAGGAGAUGGAUAUAAAAACUGAAACUGAGUGUGAAUAUAAUGAUAUAGAGCAGAAUCUUUCAGACGAGUUUAAUCAAGAAGAUGCAGAUGAGGAAUUACCACAUGCGGAAGUUGUUGAUAUAUUCCAGGAAGGCUUGGCAAUGAUUGUACAGGAUCCUUUGCUGUGUGACUUACCUAUUCAGGUAACCUUAGAAGAAAUUAAUUCCCAAAUUGCUCUUGAAUAUGGUCAGGCAAUGACUGUAAGAGUCUGUAAAGCAGAUGAAGAAAUAAUGCCGGUUGUUGUAGUGCAAAAUGCCACAGUACUUGAUCUAAAAAGAGCUAUCCAGAGAUAUAUUCAGCUGAAACAUCAACGUGAGGGAGGGAUACAGCAUAUCAGCUGGAAAUAUGUGUGGCGGACAUACCAUUUAUCAUAUUCCGGAGAGAAGCUGGAUGAUGAAGCAAAAAGUCUCCGUGAAUAUGGCAUCAAAAACAGAGAUGAGGUGGUAUUUGUAAAGAAACUGAAAAAUAAGUAGAGUUUGAACCUAAUUCAAGUGGGAUCUUUGGACUGCCAUAUCAUCGCAAGCCAAAAAGAUAGUGAAAAAUAUGCAGGACAAAUUUUGUCUUGCUACUACAUUGCAAAAAUGCUGCAAACUUUAUUUACCAGGUAAAAACUGCCUGAAAAGUGGAAAUGUUUGUACUACUAUUGCAAGUAUAAAGAUUGUUGGAACUUGACUCAUUGAUAUGAUUAACAGGUUGGGUGUGUAAAUUCCUGGUGUGCCAAGCUGUGAGAGGGUAUAUAGUCCAUUAUUAUUUAGUAUCAGUCCAACAUACUGGAUGUAAAAUGGAUGGCAAUACAGACAUUUACCAAUCACAUCAUGGGAUACAGAACUGUAUAUGCUCAUUGUCAAGACAGACAUUCAGCCGUGACAACAUUGGACAAUUAUAUUUCUGUGAGCGCACAAAACACUCAUAAGGGCCUUUCUGUAAGAUAACCACUUUAAAAAUGAAAUCAUUUUUUUAACUUUAGUAGCCUACACUUAUAGGCAGAUUUAUCAAAGGUAGAAUUUCGAAUUUAUGUGAAUUUUUUUUUUUUUUUUUACUCUAAUAAAUUUAAAUUUACUCAUUACUUGAAUGGGAGGUUAUUUAAGAAAAAAAAAUUGAACGUCUAACGUUUGAUCGAAUAGUCCCGACCUGAAAGUUUGAAUCAAAUUCGAAUAGAGUUUUCCCUCUGACAAAAACUCAGAUGUCAGGAAAGGCUAUUUACGUUUUCAAAGGUUCAACUGACCUCUGCCAUUGACUUGUAAAUUAACUCGGCAGGUUUUAGGUGGCAAAUAUUCGAAUUAGAUCUGAUUCAAAAUACAUUACAUUACAGUGAAACGCUGACAUGAGUUAUUACAUUCAAACAGAUGGAUUAAAAUUCAAAUAUGUAAAUUUUGACACUAAAAUGUUUUUUUAAAAUGCGAAUUUACAAUUUGACCCUUAAUAAAUCUUCCCCUUAAAGUGACCAUACGGCUUAUGAAUGCCUUAUUUUGGGUUAAUAUUUUUCUCUCUGUUUGAAACUGCUGUUAUUCUUGCUUUAAUUAUAUGUGUAUGCUUGCUGUGCAGGGGUUCAUUUUUGUAUACAUUAAAAUUGUUUUCAGAGGAAAUUGAGCAUGGCUCAUGGGAUGUCUGUCAAUAAGUUUCUGGCUAGUAUGUUAUGCUUGCAUCAAUAAAUGUUAAUAGUAUAGUU